UGGAGGUAAGACCGUCCAAGAACGUAUCACUAGGGGUCUGCUACAGCACCAUGUUAAAUUUGGCAUAUAGUGGUCCAUUACUCUCCCUAAAAGGACCUAUUAGAUAUAGUAGAGGGUAUCACAUACAAUUCACCUAAGCUAGAUGAUGUGGGACAUUUAUCUCUAAGAGUUUUAUAAGUAUGGUACUUAGUCAAGUCUAAAGUUUAAUAGUUAUUUAGUAUCUUUUAAGAAUUCAAGUAUCCAUCUUUAUGAGGAAAGUUUUAUAGAAUUUGGGUUACCACGUAGUCUAUAACCUCAUAUAAAUAUUUUCAUAGGACUUCUUGUAAAUCGGAGCUUUUUGAUGAAUAAUAUAUGAAUUCUCCGUGGGUUUGAACCCUAGAGACUCCAAUGAGUCUGUUAUCCCGUUCCUCUUCUGGUCUAAAUGUUCCUAUUCUUGAUUUUGCUAUUCUUAUUCUAAUCUAAAUUGGACUCCAAGGGAUCUCCACCUUAUCUACAUAGAUACAUGGCUGCAUUCCUGAAAAUCUUAUUCUUUAUAUAUUUUGGAUGGAUUGCGCAGAAGAUCUACCUGUCUUUGCUCUUCAGGAUGAUAGGGUUGUUGACGUGGUGGGGGACCCUUCUGGUGUCCACAAUGCCAUUGAGCUAAUUGCAUCUCAUCUCAGGAAGUUUUUGGUUGACCGCAGUAUAAUUCCUCUAUUCGAGAUGCAUAUGCAAAUGGCAAAUUCACCAAUGGAGCACAUGCCACCAUCACAUCAGCCCUGGGGUCCGCCUCAAGGUCUUCCUCCAAGUUCUGGCGGAGGUCCUGGUUUUGGACCUAAUUCUCAAUAUAUGCCGCCACCUCCUCGGGAACAUGAUAAUUACUAUCCUCCUCCUGACUUCCCUCCCAUGGAGAAACAGCCUCAUCAGGGUAUAUCUGCCUAUGGAAGAGAAGCUCCAAUGGGGGUUCGUGCAUCUUCUAAUACCCAAUCAGCUUCUUCAAUGAUCACGCAGGUUACCCAGCAAAUGCAGAUUCCCUUAUCUUAUGCUGAUGCUGUUAUUGGGACGGGUGGUUCAAGUAUUAGCUAUAUCCGCCGUGCAAGUGGUGCGACUGUUGCUAUACAAGAAACCAGGGGUGUUCCUGGGGAAAUGACAGUUGAAAUCAGUGGAACAGCUUCCCAGGUCCAAACGGCUCAGCAGCUGAUUCAGAAUUUCAUGGCUGAAGCAGCUGCUGCAGCACCAGGACAAGCACAACAAGGCAGAUCCGCAGACCAAGGUUACAACCCUUACGCAUCACAUGGUUCUAUGUAUGCAUCUCCCCCAUCCAACCCGGGACAUGGGAGCCACACAGGAGGCUAUGGCUCAGUGUAUGGUUCAAAUUAUGGGUACUAAGACGGCCUGUAUUGGUUUUUUAUCACUCAAACUAAUUUACUGCGUCUCAUUAAAAGAGAAUAUAAUCAAUUAUAUGAAUGACAGAUGUAAUGGUAGACUUUUGUUAGGUUCUCAGGUAAUUUGGAUGCUUUUGUUUAAUCAUUGACUGUUUUCUAUCACCUUUCCUUC